GCAAAUGAGCUUGAAUGUUUGUUAUCCAGAUCUGGUUUAAAUUAAGCCAUAGGUUUUACUAAAGUAACCGUAGUUUAGCUUGGGUAUUUGUAAUAAAACCACAUUAGGCUAAGCACAAAUUUACCAUUGUGUUUUUUUACUGUAAUUACAGAAAAGUAAUGGUAAAUCUGUGCUUAGCCUAAAAUAAGUGUCAAGCAUAUAACCAUAUAAAAUUUGUAGUAUGCUGGAAGUGUUUGAAGGAUGCCUAAAAUCGAUUAAAUCUCAGUCAUAUACAAGUUAAGCAUUAAGUUUAAUAUAUACAGCUUAAUUGAAGUGAUGGAUUUUAGAUAUUCCUAUGAAGAAUAUAUUCCUAUUCAAAAAUGAACCUAAACAGAUGUUAACCAUGAAAGCACAGGUGGAUGUGGUCUGCUGUAAAUCAGUAGGAACUGAUCUGUCCAUGCUGGAUAUUGAGGAUUUCAUCACAGAAAUCUGUCAGCUGAAGAAAGAGGUGGCUUCACUGGAGGCAAAGCUGAGAGAAAGAGGAGACAAACUGUACAGAGAGGAUGUGGAGCAGGUUUGGGUGCGUGAGACUGAUGGGACAGAAGCUCAGGAUUCAGUCUGGAGCGUCAGAGAUCAGAGAUCCAGAGACACACAGGACUCAGAGCUCAGCCUCACUUUACUCUGUUAUACUGACGCUCAGGAUCAUGAAUCCACUGAUCAAACCUCUGACUGUAACGCUGGAGAACAGCGGAUGCUGCAGACGCCGCUGAAGAUGUGCUCCGUCAAACUGGUGGACUGCAGGAACCUGAUCGAGAGCAGAGGAGAAGAAACCACCGCAGAGAAACAACAACACACUGAUGAGGAAGAGGAGGAGGAGAAUAAUGAUGAGGAUGAUGAUCAGAGUGAUGAUGAUGAUGACGACAGUGGUGAUGAAGAAGAUGAAGAUUUCAUCCCUCCAGAUGAUAAAGGCUGUUUAUCUUCUGAUGGAGAGACAGACUUAACAUCAAAAGAGCAGCUGACGGUCAAGAGUUUCUCCUGCAGCACCUGUGGAAAAACACUGAGUUCAGAGGGCCAUUUAAAGAGACACGAGAGAAAACACACAGAACAGAAAAGCUUUAGAUGUAGGAGAUGCAAAAUCAGCUUUCCUACCGCAGAAGAGAGGAGAAUUCAUUCAAAAGAGCACAGUGGGAAGAAGGAGUUUCACUGUGAACAGUGCGGGAAGGUUUUUUUCAUUCAUUCUAGUUUAAAAGUUCACUUAAAGACUCACAGUGAAAAGUCUUUCCACUGCAGUGAAUGUGACAAGUAUUUCAGCACCAAAGCAAAUCUUGUUGUUCAUAAGCGAAUCCACACGGGAGAAAGACCACACAAGUGUCCUCACUGCGAGAGAAGAUUCAAUUAUGGAUCUAAUCUAAAGAAACAUAUACGUUUCCACACUAAUGAGAGACCGUAUCAGUGCAGUGAAUGUGGGAAAACCUUUACAAACUCAAGCUCUCUAAAGUCACACCAGAGAAUCCAUUCUGAUGAGAAACCGCUUCAGUGCAAACACUGCGACAAACGAUUCCAUCAUAUUAAUAGUUUGAACAUUCACGAGAGGACACACACCGGAGAGAAACCAUAUCUGUGCGCCCACUGCGGGAAGAGCUUCUCUGAUCCACGUACUUUUAAAUUGCAUAAGCGAGUCCACACCGGAGAAAAACCAUAUCACUGCAGCAUCUGUGGGAAGAGUUUCGGUAAACAUGGUACAUUUCGAAACCACAAGAGGACUCAUACUGGAGAAAGACCGUUCAAAUGCUCACAGUGUGAAAAGACGUUUGCUCGAUCAGACGUCCUUAAGGUCCAUCAGCGAGUUCAUACAGGAGAGAAACCUUACUCCUGCUCCAUCUGCGGCGAGAGAUUCGCUUAUUUAGGUAGUUUUCAGGCCCACCAGAACAAACACGCUAAAGAACAAACUACUCCAGAAUCAUCAGAUGUCCAUAUGCACUUCUCGAACUGUAGGAGGCGCUGUGACCAUCUUAGUCCAGUAAAUCCACCGGUAAAACCACUGAAGAAGAAAAGACUGUUGGAGGCUACAGACUCGUUGUUGAGCAUGAAAGCGCAGGUGGAUGUGGUCUGCUGUAAAUCAGUAGGAACUGAUCUGUCCAUGCUGGAUAUUGAGGAUUUCAUCACAGAAAUCUGUCAGCUGAAGAAAGAGGUGGCUUCACUGGAGGCAAAGCUGAGAGAAAGAGGAGACAAACUGAACAGAGAGGAUGUGAAGCAGGUUUUGGUGCGUGAGACUGAUGGGACAGAAGCUCAGGAUUCAGUCUGGAGCGUCAGAGAUCAGAGAUCCAGAGACACACAGGACUCAGAGCUCAGCCUCACUUUACUCUGUUAUACUGACGCUCAGGAUCAUGAAUCCACUGAUCAAACCUCUGACUGUAACGCUGGAGAACAGCAGAUGCUGCAGACGCCGCUGAAGAUGUGCUCCGUCAAACUGGUGGACUGCAGGAACCUGAUCGAGAGCAGAGGAGAAGAAACCACCGCAGAGAAACAACAACAACACACUGAUGAGGAAGAGGAGGAUGAUGAUCAGAGUGAUGAUGAUGAUAACGACAGUGGUGAUGAAGAAGAUGAAGAUUUCAUCCCUCCAGAUGAUAAAGGCUGUUCAUCUUCUGAUGGAGAGACAGACUUAACAUCAAAAGAGCAGCUGACGGUCAAGAGUUUCUCCUGCAGCACCUGUGGAAAAACACUGAGUUCAGAGGGCCAUUUAAAGAGACACGAGAGAAAACACACAGAACAGAAAAGCUUUAGCUGUAGGAGAUGCAAAAUCAGCUUUCCUACCGCAGAAGAGAAGAGACUUCAUUCAAAAGAGCACAGCGGGAAGGAGUAUCACUGUGAACAGUGCGGCAAGGUUUUUUUAAUUCAUUCUAGUUUAAAACUUCACUUAAAGACUCACGGUGAAAAGUCUUUCCAAUGCAGUGAAUGUGACAAGUAUUUCAGCACCAAAGGAAACCUUGAUGCUCAUAAGCGAAUCCACACGGGAGAAAGACCUUACAAGUGUCCUCACUGCGAGAGAAGAUUCAAUCACGGAUCUCAUCUGAAGAAACAUGUGCGUUUGCACACCAAUGAGAGACCGUAUCAGUGCAGUGAAUGUGGGAAAGCCUUCACAGACUUAGGCUCUCUAAAGUCACACCAGAGAAUCCAUUCUGAUGAGAAACCGUAUCAGUGCAAACACUGCGACAGACGAUUCCGUCAAAGAUCUGCUCUGAAUCUUCAUGAGAGGACACACACCGGAGAGAAACCAUAUCUGUGUGCCCACUGCGGGAAGAGCUUUUCAAAUCCAUCUCAUUUUAUAUUUCAUAAGCGAGUCCACACCGGAGAAAAACCAUAUCACUGCAGCAUCUGUGGAAAAAGUUUCAGUAAACAUAGUACAUUUAGAAACCACAAGAGGACUCAUACUGGAGAAAGAACGUUCAAAUGCUCACAGUGUGAAAAGACGUUUGCUCGAUCAGACGUCCUUAAGGUCCAUCAGCGAGUUCAUACAGGAGAGAAACCUUACUCCUGCUCCAUCUGCAGCGAGAGAUUCGCUUAUUUAGGUAGUUUUCAGGCCCACCAGAACAAACACACUAAAGAACAAACUGCUCCAGAAUCACCAGAGUGACUUUCAUCAGUCAAUCUGGGAAAUAAAUCUUGUUUGGCUCGUCCUGAAAGUGUUCAUUGAGUUCUUAUUCCCAGUAGGUGGCAGUGAAAUUUUUAAUGUUGUGGACUGAUCCAAGUGCUGUAUAUAAUGUAAUGUUUGACUGAGUAGAGCAAUAAUUUUAAACCAGACAGAACUAUUAAAAAUCAUCCAAAUAAAAUACUACAAUAAUA